AUGGCCUCGGAAACUAAGAACGGUUCUUCGGCCGCGACGACCAAUAUUCAGAUCAUCACGAAAGACGGCCAAGAGUUUACCGAAGUCAAGGAGGGACUAGCUCGUAUAUUAGUCCCCUUUUCCGCAAAAGAUAUCGCAGAUAAGAAGUCGAAUGCCGAGGAACAGCAAAAGGUCUUCUACAAUCCCAUUCAGCAGUUCAAUCGCGACUUGACAGUUCUCGCAAUUAAAGCGUAUGCUGAGGACGCAUUUGCUAAGAGACGGGCUGGGAAUGCGGAAAGAGCAGCUAAGAGGAAACGUGAGAAGACAGACACUAGUGGUCGCAACUCGAAGAAGGAAAAAGUAACCGAGAAUGCAGACGGCGUUACGUCUACAGCUGACGAUGCGACUAAGAACGGAGCUCAAAAUAACCAACCUACACCUAAAUUUACCAUACUCGAUGCUUUGUCGGCUACGGGACUUCGAGCUCUACGAUAUGCCCAAGAGUUACCAUUUGUUACAUCAGUUACUGCAAAUGAUCUUAGUCCCUCGGCUGUCAAGGCUAUCAAGCAGAAUGCGGAACAUAACGGUGUCGAAUCCAAAGUAAACGCGACAUCGGGCGACGCCCGUGCGCAUAUGUACUCCUUACUUACUUAUGAAGUCGUAGAAGAAAAGGGGAAAAACAAGAAGAGCGGCAAUAAACCAAAUAAACCAAACAACAAAUACAACGUGAUCGAUCUGGACCCAUAUGGAACCGCUGCUACCUUUUUCGACGCGGCACUUAACGCCGUACGAGACGAUGGGGGUUUGCUAUGUGUUACAUGCACGGAUUCGGGCGUCUUUGCGUCACAUGGAUAUCCCGAGAAAACGUUUGCCCUUUAUGGCGGCAUCCCUGCGAAAGGAUGGCAUUCUCACGAAGUAGGGCUGCGCCUCAUACUACACGGCCUUGCUUCAACAGCAGCGAGGUAUGGGCUAGCUAUCGAGCCCCUGUUGAGUCUAUCGAUUGACUAUUACAUCCGGAUCUUCGUUAAGGUUAGGAAGUCGCCGGCAGAGGUCAAGUUCCUUGCGGGGAAGACUAUGAUCGUAUAUAGCUGCGACCAGGGGUGCGGAGCCUGGGAAACGCAGUUCCUGGCACGUGACAGAAAGGCACCUAAUGCGUCUGGGAAAGGCGUCUUCUAUAAACACGGACUCGCCAUGGCACCGACCACCGACCGGCUUUGCAAAGAAUGCGGUUCAAAGAUGCAUCUUAGCGGCCCAAUGUACGGCGGACCGUUGCAUUCUCCAGACUUCAUCAAGAAAAUCUUGGAUGACCUCCCUAGCGCCUCCGACGAGAUCUACGGCACGAAGACGCGGAUAGAAGGAAUGCUACAGACGGCACUAGAAGAGUUCCUUACACCUCCAGAAGAUAGGAUGGAGAGUCACAGAGAGGACGAAUUCGCUGCGAUCGAACACUAUCCGUUCUAUUUCCACCCGGCGAAGCUAGCGGGUACUCUGCAUUGUAUGUCUCCUGAUGAGGAUAGUUUCAGGGGCGCUUUACGGUCUUUAGGCUAUGAAGUUACUCGUAGUCAUUGCAAGGGCGGUAGUAUAAAGACAAAUGCGCCAUGGUCAGUCAUUUGGCAUGUUAUGCGGGAAUGGGUCCGCGAAAAAGCCCCUGUGCGUGUUGAUAGAAUUAAGGAGAACACUCCAGCGUAUACCUUACUCCGGUUAGGCAAGACAGACGAGACUCCGAAGGAAGAUCCUGCAAAGGAUGCAGAGCGCGAGGCGAUCGAUAACUUGAAGGUUGUCUUUGAUCAGAAACUUGGACGAGACAUAUCCAAGAAAGGCCUUGCUGAGGAGAUCAUAUUUAUAUUAAGACAAUCUGAAGCGUCCGAUUCAUACGAUAUAUUCAGCUUAAAAGAAGAACCAGGAGACCAGGAGCCGACGUUCAGACUAUUCCAGUCUUGGAAUGCUGGUAUACCGCAGCCGCUCCUAGAUGAAUUUUUAAUCGAGGGUCUUCCGGAUUACUUGAAAAGUAGUCCGUCGCGGCGCAUCCAUGCUGUGGUGUCGACUGGCUCCGGGACGGGUCUUGCGCUAAAAUUUUACAACGAGGUUGUUGGGCGGCUUUUAUCGGGGCGCGAGGUUUAUCCUUCGGAUCCAACCAUAAACUCGGUAGAAAUAUUCAAGCCGAAUCCGCACAAUCUAGUUGUUACGCAGAGCGCUGAUAGCGUACGCGAGUUUGCGCGAGAGAUUAGUCGCGAGGAUGAAGAUGGGGUGCAGCAUACCGUGGUGCUGCUUAGUGGUGAUGGGGGUGUCAUCGAGAUGCUUAAUGGUCAAGUGUCGGUAGAGGGGCACAACUCGGAAGAGCGUCUGCCGUUGAUUGCGAUACUCCCGUUAGGUACAGGAAAUGCACUUUUCCACUCCCUUCACAAGUCAGCGGGCACGACAUCAAGAUUUCCAGCGCCGUCCAGCCUGGUCCAGGGCUUGCGCACUUUGUUCAACGGCCGAGCAGCCGCGCUACCUUCUUUCAAGGCUGAAUUCUCUCCCGGCUCUCGCAUUAUAACCUAUAAGAGCCCCGAAUCCAGCUCCGAUUCCGCGGAAGAAGUUGAAAGCCACGCCGACGCCGUGUCUCAUCUCUACGGGGCCAUCGUUGCUAGCUACGGCUUCCACAGCCAGCUGGUCUGGGAGAGCGAUACGCCGGAGUAUCGAAAGCACGGUGCUAAGCGCUUCGGCAUGGUUGCACAGCAGUUGCUUAAGGAGAGCCACGCGUAUAACGCAAUCGUUGAACUCUCCGGAAAAGAUGGAUCCAAUGUACAGAAGCUAGACCAGGACCGGCAUGCAUAUAUCCUAGCUACGAUGGUGUCCAAUCUAGAGAAAACCUUCACCAUAUCUCCAGCUAGCAAGCCCCUAGAUGGGAAAUUAAGGCUCGUUCAUUUCGGUGCUGUUAGUGGAGAGAAGACUAUGGAGAUUAUGAUGCAGGCGUAUAACGAUGGAAAGCAUAUCGGUAUGAAGUGGACUACGGAGGAUGGUAAGGAGGAAGGGGUCGGGUACGAGGAGACUAGUGUGGUUAAGAUCACUACUUUAGAAGAAGAUGCUAGAUGGCGCAAGGUCUGUAUCGAUGGUACUAUUGUAGAGCUGCCUCAGGGUGGUUCUAUGACUAUCAGGACGGAAGAUAGACCUCACUUGCGGGUUGUGGUGGACAAGUCGCUGGUUAGAUAG